GCUCUUGCUGUCGUGAUGUUCAGCGUCGUCUGCACUCGCGUUCCCUCGGGAGAUCCAAUCAGAUCAUCCAAAGUGGCGUCCCUUUUUCAAAAUCCGCCGCCCUCGCCCGUGCGGACCGUCCACAGGCCCACGAUGCCGGGGUGGGCGGAGGCUGUGGACUUCAUGAGAACCGUGCACCCUCCGCCCUCGCCCAGCGCCGUCCCGAACCCGGCAUUUGGUGCAAACGGACCCCCUUGUGGACCCCCUUGUCGGACUCCUCCUCAUAUCAACAAUAACAACCACCAGGAGGGUUCUUCUCGCGGUUACCACAACAGUGCCAACAAUGGUGGGGUUGGCGUUGUUGGUGGUGUUGUGGUGGUGGUGGUGGUGGGGGGCCGGGUGGGGUAG